AUGGUCAGCGCACGGGCUCUCCUUCUCGCGGCCACCUGCUGCUGCGCCUACCUGUGGCUUGCUCGCGCAGAGGACUCCUCACUGGAGACGCGCUCGUUGGACUUCCCGCUGAAAACCCAACAGGAGAAAGACCUGAUUGACGCGUUGCAAGAAGUUUUGGAGAAACUGAGGAGCAAAGAGAUGCCCUCAGAGAAAAAGCUCGGCUGGCUGCCUUCGUGUGACGCAGGGGAGCCGUGCGCCGUGCGUAAAGGUGCGCGUAUUGGCACGCUGUGCAGCUGUCCCCGGGGAACUGCCUGUAACUUUUAUGUUCUGAAAUGUUUGUGAAAG